CAGACGUCAGUCAUCGUCAUGCAUGGUCAUGAACCCUAGCUUCCUUGAUCCUGCGCUGCUUGCUAGCUUGCUCCUCUAUAAAUUUCCCACCUACUCGCUCUCGUCUCCUCCGCAGCGCACGCCGGCGAAUCAAACGACUGCACCCCCGCACCGUCCUCCAGCUCCGAUCCAGGGUGCUAAACCUGACAUAUAUACUAUCUAUCACAUAUCAUCAUGGUGUGGAGGAGGAAGAGCGGCGGCGGCAGCGGCGGCGCCUCGCCGUGCCGCGAGAACGGCGAGGAUGAGGUCCCGAGAGGGCAUGUCCCGAUGGUCGCCGGCGGCGGCGGCGACUGCGGCGACGGCGGCGGGGAGCGCGUGAUGGUGCCGGUGAGGCUGCUCGGGGACCCGAGCAUCGCGGAGCUGCUGGACAUGGCGGCGCAGCAGUACGGGUUCGGCCAGCCGGGCGUGCUGCGUGUGCCCUGCGACGCCGGGCAUUUCCGGCGAGUCGUCGAGUGCGCGCUGCGGAGGGGCGCCGCCGGCGGCCAGACGGCAUGACUCGUGAGAUGAGACCCUGCCGAUGGCGCGGCGUCGAUCCAUCAAUUAUCCACCCCACAGGCCACGGUGUCUGUUUAUUCUUUGAUUUUUUUAUAAAGACUAGCUAUUGUAAGAUUGAUUAAAUCUUUGAUGAUUAAUUCUUUUACGGACACGGCGAAUUGCGCUCGAUUCUUUCUUGUUUUACUAAAUCACGGGGGGAGAGCUUCCCCACCCGAAUUUAUCAUUUCAUUGAAUAUAAGGAUGCAAGGUUCAUUAUAUUGAA